UGUGCGGAAUGUGUAAUUAGGAAACAUUAUUAUUGCGAAAGAGCCGCUCCACAAAAGUCGACAUGCAAACAAACAGAAAACAAAUAUCUAGGCUUACACCACGUUUGACCAUCAUCGUGGAACAAUCACAGUUCUACGGAUGCUGUCUAUGAAUGUGAUAGUUGCCGUUUCUCUCAAGACACUUUUUGCCUUUGAUCGUGGUCAUUUGAAGACAAGAUGACAUCUUUAAAAGCAGCCGUUCUUUCCGCAGUGCUGGCGGCCUUCUGGUGGGAAGCCACCGGGACGCCGACCGCAGCUAGUGCCUCCAAGCCCCUUGUAUUGAUCGUGUCUUUCGACGGCUUCCGCUGGGACUAUCUAACCAAAGUGGACACUCCAAACUUUGACGAACUUAUUGCUUCAGGGGUGCAGGCAAAAUAUAUCAAAGAUGUGUUUAUUACCAAGACUUUUCCAAACCAUUUUACCCUGGUGACAGGACUUUACGAAGAGUCGCACGGUGUGACUGGAAACGCGAUGUAUGAUCCUGCCUUCAAUCAAUCGUUUGGUAUGAACAGCACGGAUCCGAAAUGGUGGAACGGGGGAGAACCAGUUUGGAUUGCAAACCAAAAACAGGGAGGCAGGAGUUCCGUCGUCUUGUGGCCCAGCGGGAAUGUCAACUUCAGUGGUAUUCUACCCGAUUAUUUUUUCCCUGCUUAUGAUGCUAGCAUUCCAUUUCAGCAUCGCGUCGACGUGAUUAUAGACAACUUUGUGAAUGGCAGAGUCAAUUUCGGAGCUCUGUAUUUUCAAGAACCUGAUCAUUCAGGCCACCUGUUUGGACCUGAUUCUCAAGAGAUAUUACCCAUCCUCAGUAUGUGUGAUAGAACAGCAGGAUACCUGAUCAGUCGGCUGAAAGAAAGUGGUCUAUUUGAGCGGAUCAAUAUCAUUAUAACCUCGGAUCAUGGGAUGACAACGAUCAGCCCAGAGAGAGUGCUUGUGGUUGAAGAAUUUGUGGACCCAAACACCUUCCCAUACCGCACGACCAGUAACAAUCCAAUCAUGAGCAUUUGGCCAGAAAAUGAUGAAGAUACUGAAGCCAUCUACAAUGGAUUCCAUGGAAAGAACCAAAAUAUGACGGCAUACCUGAAAGAAAACAUCCCUGCAAAGUUCCAUUACCGUGACAACCGUCGUAUCUCUCCCAUCCUCUUGGUCGCCAAAGAGGGGUGGCAAAUCAUCGACAACAGAACGGGGAGUUGGCCGACUCACCUUGGCACCCACGGUUACAACAACGACCUCAUGUCGAUGCACCCGUUCUUCAUCGCCCAUGGACCAGCAUUCAAGAAGGGCUUCGUUGCCGAACCGUUCAGCAGCACCAACGUCUACGCCCUCAUGUGCCACAUAUUGGGCAUCAAUCCCUCCCCAAACAACGGCAGCUGGGAGAACGUGCGGUCACUGUUGGCCCCCACGCCCGUAAGUACGAGGGAUAGGCCGAGCACCAAUGAUGUCUCUCCAACAGGCGGUGAUGGACAUUCUGGAGGAGGGGGCAUAUCCAAGUUUACAAUCUUUGGAAUCUGUCUCGCCGCAGGGUUAGUGAUCCUUGUCAUUACGCUCCUGGCGGCCAUGUGUCUCAAGCAGCGCACCUACUGCGAGAAACCCAUGUCAUACCAACCCAUAGCUGAUACUUCUCUGGAAAAGGACACACAGGAACCAUUCCUACCAAACUCUCGACUCUGAUGUUUCCCUAUAGAGCCCUAGAAGUUUGAAUUUCCUCAAGAAACUGACCCAACGUGAGAAGGAAAUUCUAAAUUUGAUAGCUGUUUCUUUUCCAGAGAAAGUCUCAUAAACUGGUCUUUCUAAACCUUGAGACUCUGAUGAUCUAAAAAGUUGUUUUCAAGCGGUAAACCUACCGUGAGAAACCCAUGUGGUACCACCCCAUAGCUUAUACCUCUCUGGAAAAGGAUACACAAGAACCAUUCCUAUCAAACCAUUAACUUUGUUGAUCCAACAAGUCACUCUAGUACCCUUAUGUUUCAAGUGCUACACCCACUUUGGGGUACCCUUACUAGAUUAGAUGUUCCAAUGAAUAUAUUUACAUGGUGCAGAGAAACACUCUCUUGGAAGUGGCUCAUAGGAACGGUAGUUACAAUCCUUCAUAAUUAACCAACUACCGGUAGGGUUUAACAAGCAGGGUAUCCAUAUACCCUGUUUUUCUUGAGAGUGAGGUAGACAUGCAAGAACCAUCGGUAAUAAGCCACCGAUACUAAAGAUCCAACAACUUGUUCUCCAGCAGAAAACCUACCACAAGAAACCGUUACGCAUACAAUGGCUGGCAUUUCUUUCAAGAAAGUCUUGCAAGAACUGUUCCUCAUUAGCAAAUUGAUGUACAUCUUUACCUUUACUUUACCUUUACUUUACCUUUACUUUACCUUUACCCAAGAUUCUAGAAGAAUCCUGUGUUCUCAGCAGUCAGGCUUUCAAUCUUUAUUAGAACUCAAUCUCCUCUUUCAAACCUUUUUUGAUGUGAUGAUGAAAUACUGCUUGUUUCUUGCAAUCCAUAUUUAUUAUAUUUCAAUUUAUCUCAUGAUCUAUUGUAGUACUAAUCUAUUGUAUGUACCUUAUGAUUUAUUUAUCUAUCAAAUUCUUAAAGGACUUUUUUGUGUGUAUGUGCAAUGCACCCAUGAUAUUUAUUCCACUAGCCUCCAAAUUUGAAGUGUCUUUUUAA